AUGAAAUAUUGUAGGAUCAUCGAUAAUGAACAACAAAAACUUACAGAAAUAUGUCGGAUCAAAGAGAAGGAACCUUUUGGAAGGUCCGAGAUAAAGAUAGCUGGGAAUUUCGGGAUCAAUGAAAAUGAUGAAGUAUAUUUUUCCAAAAAGUCUCUGAAUAGAUCAUUACAAAAAAUUAAUAAUGGAAUAUCACAAAAUCGUGAUUGUCAUAUUGGACGCAAAGAGCUUGAAGCAUUGAUAGAAAUUUUCACUAAAGCAAUGGAGGCUGAUAAAUUUCUUUGA